AUGAAUCCCGCUGAAAGUCAAGCAACGACGUCCUCUGAAGGUCAGUCACCGGCUGCCACCGAGUCCCUCAAUGGCCACGUCACAUCGGAUCUCCCCUCCAUCUGUUCCACGGACCAGCCAAAAGACCUAAGACAAAGGAGCCCUGCGUCACCGGUUGGCCAAGGCAACCCGGACGCUGAGGACGAAAAGCCAGUAGAUGGUUGCUGCGAACACCGUCGUCUCCCCGAUGCAUCUGUCAGGGAACAUGAUCGACGAGAAAACAUACCUGAGCGGCUUCAGCGUCUUGAGGCCAUGUUGAAUCACCUGGCAGACAGAAUAGCUCUGCAGCCGCAGCCGGCCCCUAGCAAUGGCCGCAUGGGGCUGUUGUGGCGAGGUGGCGGUUCCUCUCUCAGCGUGGAGGGCUUGCUUGCCAUGGCCGCAACACGAUCGCGUAAGACAUAUGCCCCGGUGACACCACGGGCUUUGGUCAUGGCACCAGAUGUGUCAUGCUUGCUCGACCUGGAGCCCACCACCAUGCACCAUCUGGCGAUGUCCUACAUGCAAAACUUCCACCCCCGCAACAUGAUUCUGGACUGGCAGGGAUCCGACAUGCGGGACGCCCUUCAAGCGGCGGACAAGAAAUUCGAGCGGACUGUCGACACCUGUAUCCUGUUGCUUGUGCUGGCCAUCGGGUCCAUCUCGGCGUUCGAGGACGGCUUCAACUAUUGGGAUAUCCCGGGAGCUGGACCGUCGGGGCUGAACCCGCUCGACGAGAUUGGUGAUGUGUUCUUCAACAUUGCGACGUCAAUGUUUGUCGAAGCCCGGGACGUCAGUUGGCCCAGCGUCCGCUGUUGGCUCUUGAUCGCCUUCUACCAUUCGAUGAAGCUUCGCGUGUACGACCAAUGGCUGGCCGUUUCGCAAGCCGCCAUGACUGCGAUGAUGCUGCUGCGGAUGGACGAGCGCUCGAAACGCACGCAUGCGCAACUGUACUGGGCCAUCUACCUGCAAGAGAGUCAACUUCUCUCCGAAUUCGACUUCACGCCUACCGGCAUCGCGGAAUUCGAAAGCAUCAUCCCGGCCCCGCCUGCAGGAGGCGGCAAGCCACAGGACGAGACCCAAAAGCAAUACUGGGACAUCUUCCUAGCUGAGAUUCUGUUGUGGCGCAUAGUCAACAGAGUUCGCUAUUAUGUGGGUGACGCCGUCCGGUUCGACGGCACGGUCACCGGCAUGUCACCGGCUCCCUUUGCGGCGCCAGCGCUGUCGAUGAUCCGUGGACUCGACCACGAGCUGGCAUCCUGGCGCCUCCAUCUCCCGCUGUCAUUCCGCGCCGAGUUUGAGUUCGACCCUGGGGCCCAGGCCAUGAGCUGGCGACGUCACCGCAGCGUGCGUGAGCAGAUGAUCGGAACGUUGCAGGCCGGGUACUUCAAGGCCAAGGCCAUCCUCUUCAGGCCGUUUCUUUUCCACAUUUUACACCAUGGCUCCGUCGAGGGGUUCUCUCAGGAAGAAUCAACCGGCGCGGCGAUGGGUCUGGAAACCGCGCUGCAGGCUCUGUUGUGCAGUGGCGUGCUAUGCGACAAUCUCCGCCUCGUGCCGCUGCUCAUCGUCCCAUCGAGAAGUUUCCUCGCGCUCGCAAUCUUGGCCAAGGUCUUGCUACAGAGUCCUCGUUGCCAGUCACUCGUACCUCCGGCCUGGGAGAAGACACUGCCCCUCAUCCGAGCUCGCCUCCGAGACCAAAUCGUUGCCCGUUCGACUGUCAUCGGCCAAGACCUGGAGACCUUGUCCCUCCUUGACGCAGAUGGCACUGCUUGA